CCCCAGCCCCCUCCUUGCUCCAGGACCCAGAGGCAGAGCCUGAGCCUGAUCAACUGCACAUCCACGAGGAGCAGUAUGUGAGCGAGGGCGAGUAUAACCAGCCUGACCCACGCCUGGCGCCUCCCGACUGCAGGGACGCCGAGACCAUCACAGAUGUGUGCAAUAGCACUGACCUGCCCGAGUUUGAGAUCAUCAGUCUUCUGGAGGAGCAGCUGCCAGUGUACCGCUUGCGGGCUGACACCGUCUACGGCUACGACCAUGACGACUGGCUCCACACGCCCCUCGUCGCGCCCGAGGCCAGGCUCGACCUGACCACCGAGCAGAUCGAAGAGACACUCAAAUACUUCUUGCUGUGUGCUGACAGAGUGGGCCAGAUGACGAAGACCUACAAUGACAUUGAUGCUGUCACACGUUUGUUGGAGGAGAAAGAGAGAGAUCUGGAGUUGGCUGCAAAGAUUGGCCAGUCGCUUCUUAAGAAGAACCGAACUCUCACAGAACAGAACGAGUAUUUGGAGGAACAAGUGGGGCAAAUCACAGAGGAGGUGGCCCAGCUGCACCAUGAGCUGAACCUGAAGGAUGAGCUGCUGCAGUUUUACACCAAUGCAGCUGAAGAGAGCGAGGAUGAAUCCAGCAUCUCCCCAACGGGUAAGAAAAGCAAAGUGGAAACAGCUUCAGGAGGCUUUGUGAGUGACACACUCCAGAAGAAACUCAAAGAGCUGGAAGAGGAGAACCUGUCACUCCGCUCAGAGGCUAACCAUCUGAAGUCAGAGACUGAAACCUAUGAAGAAAAGGAGCAGCAGCUCGUGAACGACUGUGUCAAGGAGCUCAAGUUGUCCAGUCUCCAGAUCUCUGCUAUAGCAGAGGAACUGGCCCGUAAGACUGAAGAUGCAUCGCGACAGCAAGAGGAGAUCACACACCUCCUGUCUCAGAUAGUAGAUCUGCAAAAGAAAGCCAAAUCUUAUGCUGUAGAAAAUGAGGAGCUUUCUCAACACCUGCUGGCAGCUAAAGAUGCCCAAAGGCAGCUCACAGCAGAGCUCCAGGAGUUAGAGGAGAAGUACUCUGAGUGCAUUGAGAUGCUGCAUGAAGCUCAGGAGGAGCUGAAGAACCUGAGGAACAGAAACUACCCCGCAGGAACCCCACGCCGCUACCACCCGCUGGGGCUGUUCCCGAUGGACUCUCUGGCAGCUGAGAUUGAGGGAACGAUGAGGAAGGAGCUGAGUCUUGAUGACCCAGAGUGUGAAGAACAGAAGAUCCAUCGGAAACGUGUGUUUGAGACAGUCAAGAAUGUUAACCAGACAGUUCGUCAGCGUUCUCUGACUCCAACCAACGCCAACAUCCCGGGCUCCAACCAGUCCCUAUCAGCUCGAACAUCACCCCAAUCGAGUGGCCUCUCCACACCCCACUCCAGCAUAUACGGUGGUGACCUUUGUGGAGAAAGUGUAGCCCUUGAUAACCGAACACAGAGCAUCCUAAUGGAGACAGCAUCCAAUCAGGACAGCACGGAGGCUCCAGAGAAGAAGACAAGUGGGGCUGAGGACCUGCGGCUUGCUCUGCGCCGCCUGUCUCUGCGCCGGCAAAACAAUUUGAGUGAAAGGCGCUUCUUUGAAGAAGAGAGAGAGCGGCGGCGGGGAGGACAUGCUGGGCUCCACGAUGCCCUCGGCCAGGAGACUCUCUUAACUCCAUCGGAAAGCAUCAUGUCCCUCGGAAACCUCCACCUCUGGGCCUCACGAGGGCCCUACCUCCCCGACAAACUUCAGAUCGUCAAACCACUCGAAGGCUCUGCCACCCUGCACCACUGGCAGCAGUUGGCCCAGCCUCACCUGGGUGUGAUCCUGGAUGCAAGGCCAGGAGUUGUGCCAAAGGGCUACAGACCCCUAGAACUAGAGCUGGAGCAGGUGUAUCCAUGGGGCGGUUUUGAGGAGGAUGAACCAGGAGAGCAAUAUUUCCAGAAUCUUCCCACCUCCUCAGCUUCUGCCUCACCGGCGGUGUCCCUCACCUCCAGCACAGGUGACGCCAACCUCACACAGCCUCCAGUCACCCUGGCUCCACCUUCUCCACCCUCUCCAUCACCGUCACCACACCUCAGCAACACUGAUGCUCUGGCGGCGUACUACCCAGGUAAAUGCAUGGCCCACACCAGCUCUACUUACACCUUUACAACCUGUCGGAUCCUCCAUCCAACUGAUGAGCAGACGCGGGUUACGCCAAGUUUAAACCCAGUGCCUGCAUCGUCCUCCUGUGUGAUGACCAGCACUCUUCUGGGUACUCCUGCUGCUACUCCCUGCACAUCACGCAGGCUCAGUCUCAGGCCCUCUGAAUCUUCAACUAAUCUCAGAGAUGCAACACGCACCACCAGCACCUCCCUGGGGUUAGUACGUCUUCUCCAGGAGAGAGGAAUCUCAGCAGCCAUGUAUCACCAGAGCCAGGGCCUGGAGCAGGGUAAGGGCAGCGGAGGAGUCCUAUUAAGCACCACCAUUGCCCCCAACAGAACACUCACUCCUGAUCCUCUGCGCCCCUCCACCCCUCCAAACUCCCCCACAAGACAGGGGGCUUCAGCUGUGCCAAACUCUGCCGGCUUUGACUUCAAGAGUCCUUCUUAUGAGAACUUCUUGGCUUCCAAACCGGCCCGUUCCAUCCUGAAGGAGGUGACGGGGGGGAUGAGAGGCAGACAGAGAGGGAGGGACUGCGAAAGCCAGACAGACGUUAGUGUGACCGUCCACAGUCUGAAUCUAGUAGACAAGGUGAAGCGGCUGGGUGUGGCUGGAGCUCCAGGAGGCAGAGCAAUGAGUACUGGUCCCAUCUUGGGGCCUCUGGGUGGACUGCGUAGAUCUGGCUCCCCUUUUGGGCCAGAUGGAAUGAGGAGGAACCGGAGUUAUCCAGGUAUGGUUGGCGCCAGCAUGGCCAUGAAAGCCCCAGGGCCCCAGGAGUAGUCUGGACUGCUGCUGGCCAAGAGGGUAGACAAGUAGGAGCCCAACAGGGCCAAGGACUGGCUAUAGAUCAGUCACCAGGAGCCCAAAAGAGGACUAAUAAUGUUCAUACUGUACAACAACGACAUGGCACUACUGACCUAUUUAUAAUCACAGCUGCAGUUUUACAUGAAUACUACAACUCUAUAGUGCUUUUCAGUGGUGAUUCAUGUUUGAAUAACUUAAAGGGUUAGUUCAUCCAAACUACAACAAAAUAUUCUCUGACAUAAAUCUGCUGGUAAACAGACUGAAAGAGUUUUACAGUACACAGCAUUCCUCAUUUAACUAUUCACACCCACAUUCAUACAAUCACUUAAUAUCUAACAUUCACACACACAAUCACACACCGAUGAAUGCAUCGGGAGCAACUCGGGGUCCAGUAUCUUACCUUAAUGCUUGAAGAAAGGUAUUUUAUUCCAGUCAAAAGCUGAAACUCAACCCCUUCUGUCAAAAACAUUUCCUGUAAAAGAAAAAUGUUCAUCCUGCAAAUCUAACAUUUUUGGGGCUACAGCAAACUGUGCAGUUUUCAUCCUGGUUGUGGAACAUUGGACCAGCUCCUUAUCCUCUCAGGAAUAUUUAAGAAGUCGCAGGAGUUUGAUCAACAUGUCUACAUGUGCUGUUACAGCUAUUCUGUCCCUGGAUAAAUGCAGUUGGAGCUUGGUUGGUGUCCUUCCAUUGGGUUUCUAGUUUGUCCCUUAGAAAGAGGGUGAGGAUUCAGGCGGGACUCCUCCACAUCAAAAGGGAGCAGCUGAGGGGGUUCAGGCAUCAGACUAGGAUCCCUCCUUGGCACCUAAUAGGUGAGGUGUUUCUAACAGGCCCUAUAAUACUGGGAGGAGGUCCCCAUCAUCUGCCAAGACUGCUGCCCCGGCAACCUGGACCCAGAUAAGUGGCAGAGGAUGGAUGGAUGGAUGGAGUAUACCAUAGGGCCCCCACAAUCCUGAAAAGGAUAAGCAGAAGAAGAUGGAUGGAUCUCACAAGCGCCCCCACAUCAAAUGCUCCUGAGCAUUUAGAAGUUGUUCCUCAUCAUUGUUAGCGUGUAGUUCAAAGCAUUCUUCACCGAGCUGCUGUAAACUCUGAUCACUCUGAUAUUCAGAUAUCUAAAAUUCUGGACACACAAACUCAUUUUUCUGUCAUUUAAUUUUACAUAAAUGGAUGAACUGACCCAUUAAGAACAGAAUAUACUGAAAGCGAACUACUGAAAUAUCACUCAGAUUCCUGCUUUGGAGACUGACUCUGCUGGCUAGAUGUAGUACUCCCACUCUUGCCUUUUCUGAAACACAGCCACAGGAUCCCACGCACAUCCAGACGCACACAGGUGCACUCUGUUAAAUCUUCCAUUGCACUGGCUGGCUAUUUGUAGUCACUGUAGCACUGAAACAUGCCUUUCUUCUUCGAUAUUACCAGAUUAAGAUUUCAUAAGACAUUAAAAAACAUUUUUACACCAUAUACAUAAAACCUGCCACCCUCACUCUCUCCCCCUUUUUCUUUUGCGCCUCAUAUUAAUCCUUCUCGUAGGGACCAAGUGUGAGUCUGACGAGUCACUUUCACUAAAUCACUGAAUAGAUUUCAUGUCAGUAUUAAAGGUACUUCAGUUUCAUUUCCUAAAUGGACGUUAGCCGGGGAAGUUGAUGGAUCCAGUUCCACUGAACUGGAGAGAUCAAUACGCUGAGAGAUUGGCUUAUUGUGGUUGGAAGCUUUCAGCUAUUUUCGUUAUGGUUUUAUCAGAGAAAUGAAGCAAUAUAGUGCCUCAGCCUUUUUUUGUUUAAUGGUUUUUGUUUGUCAUGCAGGUGUGAAGGAGCUCACGCAACCAUAAACUGCACUUGUGUUUAUUUAUUUUUUAAAAUCCUAUCCUGAAUUUAAGCAAUUUUUCAUAAAUAUACCGUUGUCUUACACACUGUAUAUAUAUAUAUAUAUAUAUACUGUCCAUGGUCACUGUAAUGUCUGUAAUGGCACAUGUAAAGACAAACCGUUACGUGUAGUGCUUAACCAAGAACCACACAUCACUGUAAGUAUCUGGGUGAGCAUGUAAUCAGGGUUUUUUCCAAAU